AUGGAAUAUCUGGGCGGAGGAUCAGCGUUAGAUCUUACAAAAAGUGGGAAAUUGGAUGAAAGUCAUAUUGCCGUCAUUCUCAGGGAAAUACUCAAAGAUCCAUCGUGA